AUGGUGAUUUGGACAGGCCGCUUGGCGGCUUUCACGGAUAACACCUAUGCGUGGCGUUCCAUGGCGCAACAAACUGCUACCCCUCGUUUUCUCUCGGGCUUCCCUUGCGCGCCCCCCUCCCCUUCUCCUCCCGAAGCCUCCGCCUUUCACACCAAUGCAAUGCAAGACAAUAAAAAUGGCUGGGCAGAAGUGCCCGCACUCCCCCCUUUCAAUUUCAUCGAUGUCUUGAGGCAGCAACAGAUGAUGCUCUCAAAGCUCAUUUACUGGAGCAGCAGCACCAGCAGCAGCACCACUACCAACGGGGUUUAUGCCUACCUGCAUGUGGAUCUGACUCACAGCAAAGGGCCGUCUUUGAUGCACGAUAAACGGGAACUUUCUCUGCCUUUUUCUGUCUCGCAGUCUCUCCUCGAUCCUCGCGUUGCCUCAGAGCAGCAGAAGCUGUGCGACUCAGAGGCGGCCGACACCCCCGCCACGUCACAGGCAACAACUUCUGCUCCUGGCUGCUUGUUCAUGUUGGAGGACUUGUACUUGUGUGAGCCAUGUGGGAAGGUUUUGUCGCCUCUCGAUGUUUUCGACGAGGUCGAGUGCCACAUAUGCCCAGGGUGCUUGGAUGUUCUCCCGCCUGGAGAGGCCUCCGCUUGUGGCUUGCGCUGUGGCAAGUGCUUUACCUGCCCGAGGUGUCUGCACACCUUGUCGCUCGCUAGAAGGCGGAAGGACGAAGAAGGGCGAGGGCAUCUCGGUGCGUCUCCUUUGGACGGUGCAGCUGGAGCCGCGGCAGCGUUCCCAUUUGCACAGCCUGAGGACGAAGUGGAGGACCCUGCCGUUCUUGCUGCGCGCUUCGACUCUGCGGCUGCAGCGGCGGAGGUCGCCGCUAGAGCUGCUGCUGCUGCUGCCUCGGACUGCGAUCGGACGUUGGAGACGCAAGCAGCGGGAGGAGGAGAAGCAGCGGCAGCGGCUGCUGCUCGGGAGGGUGAGCGCUUCGUUAUUGCUGCAUGCGAAGGAGACGCUGGGGAGGUCACAGAGCAACUGGAGGAAGCGGGGUGCUUCGCCAGUUUUGUCGCCCCACAGCGCUGCGACAGUCUUUUAUCUGUUCCCAGCCUUGAUGGAGAUGCAGCUGAUGACGCCGAAGGGGCAACUGCUGGAGGGGAAGAUCCUAUUCCUGCGCCUGCACGAGCAGCGUACUGCAGCAGGGCGCAUCUCUACUUUUACUCCUGUGCCCACUGCAGUUGGACUUCCGAGGCGGCAGACAUUGCGUCUUCCAUACCUGCAGUGCUCCCCUUACUGGCUUCCCAGCACCAAAGAGAGGGCCUCGGCGUCAUCGUCUUCGAAGAACUGAUGGAAGUCUUGCAGCACAAUGCUUUCGAGAAGGAAAGAAGGAGGCAGCUGCAGCAAACCGUCAAGAGCCAUGCUGUCGCUGCGCUUAUUGCCGCUGCAGCCAAUCCGCACAGCAGGGAACCUGCGGCGCUUCCAGUAACAGCAGCAGCAGCAGCAGCAGCAGCCCCUUGGAGGCUUAAGGACGCUCAAGAAACGGAAGCACAAGGGGAAAAACAACUCAGAGAGAUGAAUAUCUGGACGUACAGAAGACCCUCGCGGUGGGCCUUUGCCCCUCCCCAGGUGCCACUUGCUGCCAUCGCGGAGGGCCAGCACUUGCAAUGCAGCGUGAAAAACACUCUUGCAGCCGCUGCUGCUGCUGCUGAGCGCGUUCGAGCAGAAGAUGCAAAGGAAGCGGCGGCAGAAGACGCGUCUGCCACCUACUCGCUCUCUGCCGCAGAAGAUAUGAGGCGUUACCCCGCAUACACGGAACCUCUGCAUGCAGAACAGCUGCUGAUAGAUACAGGACACCCAGACAUAACUCCCGUAUACAGUACAAGCCGUGUCUUUACUGCAGCUCGCUGCCUACGCAUGCACGAUAGAGUAGGGCUGCAGGAGCUGCUACAGGCUCCCGAGGCAUUUGCCGCUGCCGCGGCGGGCAGUUCUUUUCUGCCCCUGAAGAGGCGCUUGCUCUUGCCACGCUGCACCAAGCGCUGCUGCGAUUGUGAGCGCAUUAUAGUCAAGCCUCAGCUUAGUCCAGAGGCUGUGCCGCCAUUUAGAAUAAAUCAUUCGGCCGCUUUGCUGCUGCCCUCCAUCGACUGCAGAGUGGUAGGCGAUGUAGGCCAUCUGCUGCAGGGAGAGAAGGGAGUGGUGCUCCUUGCCCUCACCAGCUGUGCAGACUCCCCCGUUACUGUCACUCUCAUAUCCGCUACCAAGGGCUACAUGCAGCGCGGCAAACAACUGCCGCAAAAGCAACAGCUGCAGGGAGGCGAGACAGAGGGGCAGGCAGGAAAACGAGACGCCUGGUGGAAUCUAGACUGGAAUGGAAGCUUAACGGUCGAGCUUGGUGCCUAUGACGAGCUUCUAGAUGAGCUUGGGGGCGCUCAGGGGGAGGCCUCAGAGAAACCCCCGGAUGGGCUGGAUGAGGCUCUCACCGGCACCGGAGACGCCGUCCUCGCUCAGUGGGGCAACAGUGCCUUGCUCAGGCUUGAGGUCAGCGUACACCCCAACUGUAGCGACACAGUUGCAGUGCUACCAUUUGCUGCAGAAAUCUUCUCGGGCAAGAAGGAUUCUGCGCCCAUCUUUAGGCUGCAGUAUGUGGGCAUAAUGGGAACAGGAGCUCGGCAGGCAGCCUCCUCGAGCGUGAAACGCACUGAAACCAUCUAG